AUGAAGCUCUACGCCGUCCAGUUCCAUCUUUUUGUUACCUGCGUCUUGUUUCUCAGCCGGGAGGGAUUUCGGCGCGCUUGCUUGCGGGCUAACAUCAAAAGUAGUAGUGAUGUGACUAGGUUAUUGAAAGUGGCGUGGUUGACAUUUCCACUCGGAAUAGACAUUACUAUUGCAGCAUGCAUCUUUGUGUUAUGGUGGCAGAACCUUAGUUACUCUGACACAUAUGCACAGGCUAUCCUCAUAUUCGGAUCUGCAUGUGUACUGGAGCUAAUGGCUGAGCCUUUGUAUAUCCUCUCGCAGACAUUGAUGCUUCUACAAUUGCGGCUGAUUGUUGAGACUGUUGCUACAAUUUCACGUUGUGUAAUUUUGUGCUCUCUCAUAGUCAUGCAACCCAACAUGGAAAAAGGGAUAAUCUUUGCACUGUCCCAAGUUGCAUAUGGAGGUUCCUUAUUUCUUGGGUACUGGGCUUAUUUUCUCUUUUGUGGUGUUUUCAAAAGUUCAGAUCUCUUUCCUUUCAGACCCGGGACCUUCAUGGAUUUCGAUGAGCAGCUCUCGAACAUGUGUAUGCUAUUUACUUUUCAGUCCUUCCGAAAGUUGAUUCUCCAAGAAGGUGAAAAGUUGGUCCUGGUAUGGUUCGAUACUUCUUAUAAUCAGGCUGUGUAUGGAAUCGUCGACAAACUAGGAAGUUUAGUUGUACGCAUGGUGUUUCUUCCCUUUGAAGAAAGUACGUACACUACAUUUGCCAGUUUCGCAUCAGAUGAUGAUAACCAGGAUAAGAGCAAGAAACUCAGAAUUUGUCUGACCGAGGCCUUAAAGUUUGUAAUAUUAAUAGGUCUUACAUUUAUGGCAUUUGGCCCGAGUUAUUCGUACUCUUUUAUCAGAUUGUUGUAUGGUGAAAAAUGGAGCGAUGGAGAAGCUUCCUUGGCACUACAGUUUUAUUGUCUCUACAUCAUCGUCCUGGCCAUGAACGGAACCUCCGAAGCAUUUUUACAUGCAGUUGGAAAAGAGAAUCAACUAAAGCGCUCAAACAACAUGUUGCUUGUAUUUUCAUUGAUCUACAUCAUAUUAAAUAUUCUGCUGAUAAGAUCUUUAGGAGCAAUAGGCUUAAUCUUGGCGAAUUCCUUGAAUAUGAUUCUAAGGAUCACCUGUUCAGGGCGAUUCAUCCAACAUUACUUCCAGGGCACUUCUUCAUUCUCCUUCCGACAAUGCUUACCUUUAGGCUGGCAGGUUCUUAUCUUUUCGGGCAUAUUCACUCCCAUCUCAGAGAAAAUCUUUCUUAACCAUAAGAAAUUCGGGAGACAUUUCGCCAUCGGUUUCCUUUGCAUCUGUCUCUCAGCCAUUGUCAUAUACCGGUGUGAGAGACUGUUCAUCAAUAGAAUCAUACGUUUCAGGGAUCACGAUCACGGCGACUGAUGACGGUUUUUACUUUAUCUGAUGCAUCACCAAUUUAAAAGUUUUAACUAUUUUAUUAACCAAUAAUAUAGUACGUUUCUCUUAGUUUUCAUGUGAUAAAGAAUAGUCAAUAGUUAAAUUGCUUGGGGGUGUGGGGAUAUGAAUGAUUGAUUAAUUUACUGGGCCUCAAGACAUUUUUUUUCUUUGUCUGCCUGCCAUUUCAAUAAUGGGCCUCUCAAUACAUUCAACCAAA